AUGCUCUGUCAUCCUCCGACCGUCGACCUCGCUUCCCUCGCCCAUCGCUCUCGCUUCCCCCGCCAGUCGCUCUCGCUUUCCCCGCCUACCACCCUCGCGGAAGCCCGUCCCCCUCGCCGCUUCCCCGCCCGCCGCCCUCGCUUCCGCCCGUCGCCCUCGCAUCCGCCCGUCACCCGCCCUUCCGCCCGCCGUCCAUCCUUCCCCUCGUCGCGCUCCCUUCCGCCCGUCGCCCUCCCUUCUUCUCGUCGCCCUCCCGUCCUCCCGUUGCCUUCCCUUCCGCCCUCCGCCCUUCCUUCCCCUCGUCGCGCUCCCUUCCGCCCGUUGCCCCCCUUCGUCUCGUCGCCCUCCCUGCCGCUCGUCGCCCUCCCUGCCGCUCGUCGCCCUCCCUCCCGCGAGUCCCCUCGCAAUCCCCGUCUAUCUCUCUCCCCCGUCGCCCUCGGUUUCCCCGCCGCCCUCCCAUCCACUCCUCGUUGCCCUCGCCAUCCCUCCCUUCUCCCUUCUCAUCUCGCACACUUGUCACCCCCCCUUUCCAACCCGCACAUACACCCUUCCCUCUCCCCAAUAAUCGCCUUUCACCCCCACACUGCUUACCUCUCUCCCUCUUCCCCCCAUCAAUUGCCCUGCUCCCCACCGUCCUCCCCCCAGCUCUCUCCCCGGCAUCUCUCCCGCUCCCCACGUCCUCUUCCCUGUUUCCCCGUAUCCCCUGCAAUGCUUCCCCCCAUCUUCUUCCCUGUUUCGCCGUAUCCCCUGCGCUGCUUCCCCCCAUUCUCUGACUUGCUUCCCCCCAUCCCUUUCCCUGCUCCCCCCCGUCCACUCCCCUGCCUCCCCCCAUCCCCGUCCCUGCUUUCCCCCAUCCCCUUUCCUGCUUCCCCCCGUCCCCUCCCCUGCCUCCCCCCAUCCCCUUCCCUGCUUUCCCCCAACCCCUUCCCUGCUUCCCCCCAUCCCGUUCCCUGCUUCCCCCCAUCCCCUUCCCUGUUUCCCCCCAUCCCCUUCCCUGCUUCCCCCCAUCCCCUUCCCUGCUUCCCCCCAUCCCCUUCCCUGCUUCCCCCCAUCCCCUUCCCUGCUUCCCCCCAUCCCCUUCCCUGCUUCCCCCCAUCCCCUUCCCUGCUUCCCCCCAUCCCCUUCCCUGUUUCCCCCCAUCCCCUUCCCUGCUUCCCCCCAUCCCCUUCCCUGCUUCCCCCCAUCCCCUUCCCUGCAUCCCCCCAACCCCUUCCCUGCUUCCCCCCAUCCCCUUCCCUGCUUCCCCCCAUCCCCUUCCCUUCUUCCCCCCAUCCCCUUCCCUGCUUCCCCCCAUCCCCUUCCCUGUUUCCCCCCAUCCCCUUCCCUGCUUCCCCCCAUCCCCUUCCCUGCUUCCCCCCAUCCCCUUCCCUGCAUCCCCCCAUCCCCUUCCCUGCUUCCCCCCAUCCCCUUCCCUGCUUCCCCCCAUCCCCUUCCCUGCUUCCCCCCAACCCCUUCCCUGCUGUCGACCUCUCUUUCCCCCUCCCGUCAACCUCGUUUUUCCACUCCCGUUGA